CAAUAUGACAUACAUACUUGUUUCAACACUCAAAUUUCAGCAUGUUAUCUAUUUCCAUGGCAACAGUUAUUUAAGGCAGUUGCAUCUCAUCCAUUUUUCCUAUAAUUUUUUUUCAUAUAGCAUAUUAAGACAUAUACAAAACAGGAAGAGACAUCAUGGCAAAUAAAGAAGAUAAGCCUACAGAGGAAAGGAAAAGAAGGGUGCCUUUAUAUCCAGGAUUCCCAGAGUUGGCUCGUUCAGAUGUCAGUGUCUAUCCUAGUUAUUCUGUACUAGGUGUUGCUUAUAGAGUUGUCUGUCGUCAUCGUUACCACUUCGCUAAGGUUGCACAGCGUAAACAAUUUAUGCGUGAACUUCAUAGCUUUGAAAAGCUUCAACCUAAUGCCCUUGGUGGUGUAAGAGUACACAGGGAAUUUUCACAAGGAAUAUUGUCACACAAGAUCCCAUCACGCCGCUACAUACAAAAACUAACCCCAGAUCCACUAAAUAUGAAUCAAAGAAUGAGAGUUGAGGAAAUUAUAAGUGGAAGAGCAACCUUUGGUAAAAAAUGAUCACGUGAUUUUUAUUCAACAUAAUCAUCAUUAAUGAAAUUAUGAGAACAGAACGAAUAUUGCUAUUCAAGACAAUAUUUAG